UCAGGACUACUUUGGAAAACAUGUUUCAUAGGUUAUUAUGUAGCUAGAUGUAUUUGUAAAUAUGAAUACAUUGUCCACUUCCCCAGAGAAGUCAAUAUUAGUGUAUGUGCUAUAUGACCAGUAAUAAUUAUACUGACAACUGGAGUAUACAUCAAAGGACUUCUGUUUAGAAUGGUUAUGACAAAGGCAAUGAUGUGCAGGUUUACGUUUGGUAAUGACCAGCGAGUAUUGUGAGGUGGCAAAGAACUACGGUUCCCAGCAUGCAAAGCUUUGUAAAGGGGUGGGGCUGUCUGGUUUGUUUGGGCGCGGGCAGAUUUGGAUCGAAAAAUGGCGGAGUGUGGAACAAAAGUUAACAGCGGAUGCGACACUGAUGAUGUCGAUAACCAGGGCAAGGAAAGUCCCCAGGGACCCAAAAGAGGCCGCUCUCAUAGUCCAAGUUCAGCUCCCCCACAGAAGUCCCCUCGCAUCCACUCUCCUAAAUCCUCCACCCUCCUGUCGGAGGCAACAGAGAAGCCUACGGAGCCAAGCACGGGAGAGGUGCAGGAACAGAACCCGGAGGGCGGUGUUCAGGGUGAUGGUACUUCCCUGAGUCCGAACUCCCGAAGGAAAUCCUGGAGGAGGUCUACAAGAGGCAGACGGUCCUUGCCUGCACUCUUUAACCCCUCCCAGACUCUCUGCUGUGCUAUUGACCCAUCCUUACCAGAGGAGGACAAGCUGGAGAAGCUUUUGGAGGCCUCUAUGAGACUAGCUUUACAGAAAACAAAGGACUCGCUGCAGACAUUACCCAAUGCUUGUCUGGAAUCCUUUCAAUCUCAAAUGGAGUCUAUACAAAAGGAAUGGGGUUGUCUGGCCAAAGACAUGAGCAGCAAGCAACCUCCAACAAACACUGCCAGGGACCCUGCUAUACAGAAGGCUAUGGAGCAAACCCAGAAGGCCAUCCACAGGUUGCAGGUUGAGAAUGAAUCUUGGGAGUCCCUGCUCAACAAACAUCGCAGCAAAGCAGACGAAUUGGCCAGACGGGUGGAGCAAGGCCAGCAGGGUGGUGUGCCGUUAGACCCGGCCUGUCUGUCUCAGUCCUCACAGAGCCAGAUCAUCCUCGGUAAACCUGACUACCAAAGUGUACUGUGUAGACAGCAGCCCCUACUGCACACUAUAGAGCUGGUGAUGGACUCUCAGUGUAAGAUGGUGAGGGAACUUCUAUCCAUCCAAGGACAAGGAAAGUUACUGGUGAAAGAGACCAGUAGUCAAGUGGCGUCUGAGGCGGGAUUCCAGCAUCUUCCCUCAGAUCCUCUCAGGAAUCUGCUGGCAGGUCCUGGUCCCACUUUGCUGUCCUAAUCACUAUUGCUUUUGGCAACUGACAACUCAUUCAUUUGACUGGUAUCAACACCCAGAAUUGUUCUUCGGGUUCAUUCUAUACUGCAAGGCCAGUCGUGUUGCUUCCAUGUCUCGUAUUUCUCUCUGCAUCUUCUGUUAGGGGAAUGUGUUUUGUAGUGCAUGCUGUUGUCCACCAGGGGACAAUACUACUCUUUAUUAAGGAUCCUAUACCAUUCACCUGCUUUGUAGAUCUCAUAUGAUUGGAUGUUUUGUUAAACUGUGCUUUUUCAACUAAGAUUAGCAUUAGUCAUAGAUUGUACUAAUCUAAAUUUUACCCUCCUAUAUUUUACCAAGUUGUUCUGUAAAUGUUUCAACUUUAUGAACAUAAAGAAUGUAUUUGAAAGAG